AUGACUGACAUUGACAUCCAGGGUUUGAAGACGAAGCUUGCGGCGAGGCGUCAAAUGAGCGCCCAGCUUCAGAAGAGAUGCGAUGCCAUCACUGUACGCAAUCAGCAGGUGUCCCCAUUCUUUCGCGUGUUGCCUGGCGAGAUCCGCAACAUAAUCUACCAUCUCGUGAUCGCUGGCGCCGUUGCCCAGGAAGACCAUCUGAAGUGCACCGACGAUUCGUGCGAAGAAUGUUCGUCCAGGGCCUUGAGCUGGAAGUUCAUGGCCGACAAGCACCCGGGCAGGUUCACUGGUCUCCUCGCAGCCAGUCGCCAGGUGCACGCAGAGACCCAGCACCUACACUUCAAGCUCAACGAAUUCACCAUCAAGUUCAAGGAAAUGGGCAAGACCAUUGGCCGCAUGAUUCCGAUGCAGCGCAAUCUUCUUGUCACGCUCCGACUUUCGCUUGCAGCUGACAAGUGCCACUCGGUCGAUCUCCCACGUCAAGACCUGUCGAAGAUCGAGAUGCUCGAGUUGGCCUUUGCAGAUCUGUCAUCUCUGCGCGGUCUCAACCAUGUGGUAAUCGUCGGUCACCGUCAAGAGGAGGACAAGGUAUCCAUGAAAGACGUAGCCAAGGUCAUCAAGGCGAGUUUUGGAGCUCGGACUACUCCACUUCAGAUCACAUUCGAAUAA